AUGGCAGAUGCAGGAAUUACUCACAAUGGCUUCAAUGUCUUAAGUAGGAAAAGAACAGGAUCGGAGGAUCAAUGGCAUCGAGAAGAUUUCAUCGCGGCCAAGAAGGCGAUGAAACAGAUGAUAUGUGAGGACCCAGCGGCGGCUCUGUCCAGUGCCCGCCACGAAUUUGGCGAGCAUGGCGGCGUGAACAUGUCAAUUGAGGCCUCCGCCACCUUCACGGUCAUGGAACCAGAAACCAUGCGCCGUAUGUUCUCAGGAGAGCUUGGCCCCGAUCGUGACUUUUUUAUUUACAGUCGCCAUUUUAACCCUACCGUUCUGAAUCUCGGCCGUCUCAUGGCUUCCCUCGAGGGUACCGAGGCGGCCUACUGCACAGCCUCCGGCAUGUCCGCCAUCUCCUCUGUGCUCCUCCAACUCUGCAGCUCUGGCGGACACGUGGUCGCCUCUCGUACCCUGAUAGCUCACGAUAAGGGGGUUGUGGUGGUGGUGGACAACACUUUUGCGCCGAUGGUGAUGUCCCCGGCGAGGUUGGGUGCUGACGUUGUGGUUCACAGCAUAUCCAAGUACAUUAGCGGUGGGGCCGACAUCAUUGCAGGUGCUGUAUGUGGGCCAGCCAGCCUGGUGAAUGCCAUGAUGGAUCUUCAUCAAGGAACGCUUAUGUUAUUAGGCCCAACUAUGAACCCAAAAGUCGCUUUUGAACUUUCAGAAAGGAUUCCUCACUUGAGCCUCAGAAUGAAAGAGCACUGCAAUCGGGCCUUAGUGUAUGCUAACCGAAUGAAGAGACUAGGCUUGAAAGUAAUAUAUCCGGGCCUGGAAGAUCAUCCGGAUCAUGCUGUUCUGAAGUCUUUGGCAAAUAAAGAUUAUGGCUAUGGGGGAAUGCUAUGCGUGGAUAUGGAAACUGAGGAAAGGGCUAACCGUUUGAUGAAUUUGUUGCAGAAUUGCACUCAAUUUGGAUUCAUGGCGGUUAGCUUGGGGUACUACGAGACCCUUAUGUCUUGCUCUGGGAAUAGCACGAGCAGCGAAAUGAAUGCAGAAGAUAAGGCAUUGGCAGGCAUUUCGCCUGGGUUAGUGAGAAUGUCAAUUGGGUACAUUGGCACCUUGGAGCAGAAAUGGAAUCAGUUUGAGAAGGCACUUUCUCGAUUAAGUGAUUCUGGUUUAUUCCAGAAGAUGUAG